AUGCCCCCUGGGGGCGACCCCCCACCGCCCCCUCCCUCGCCCUGGCAAAAGGUACUGUACAAGGAGCAGCCAUGGCCCGACAACUACACCAGUCCCGCCUUCCUGGAAUCCCUUGUCGUCAACGACCGUGUGCCGGUGCGGAGCUACGCACGAGUUCUGGCCGCCGCCACGGCGCUGAUGAGCCCCCUGUACUCCACGCUCACCCUCUCCAUCUCCUCGGACACGGUGCUGGCCUGCGUCCUGGGCCUGGCCCUGGCGCACCUCUACCUCGCCGACUACCGCCCGGCGUCCUCCGGCCCCGCGGCCUCCCUGCAGGGCUCCCUCAGCCUCGCCGCCAUCCUGGCGGCGGCCAUCCUGGUGGCGAGCAGGUUGAGGGACGUGGCUGACGUGGCGGCCCAGCUCCUGCUCUCCCUGCUGGCAUUCGCCAAGAUCAAUGGGCCCUGGGACGAGGCCGUGCCACGGCUGGGCCAGGACAUGAGGGAGGCGUAG